AACGCUGAACAACAACAACAUCAGCAGCAUCCCCGUCUCCAGCUUCAACCACAUGCCCAAACUACGAACCUUCCGUCUCCACUCCAACAAUCUGAACUGUGACUGUCACCUGGCCUGGUUGUCCCAGUGGCUCAGACAGAGGCCUACAAUUGGUUUAUUCACCCAAUGUACUUCCCCUGCCGAGCUCAGAGGACUCAAUGUGGCAGAAGUACAGAAACACGAAUUCAGCUGCUCAGGUCACCAGGAGUCUUCCAGCCUGCAGCCGUGCAGUGUUGGCGGAGGCUCCUGCCCAGCCAUGUGCACCUGCAGUAACAACAUUGUGGACUGUAGAGGGAAAGGUCUCACGGCCAUCCCAGCCAACCUGCCCGACAGCAUGGCAGAGAUACGUCUGGAGCAGAAUGGGAUUAAGUCUGUUCCUCCAGGAGCCUUCUCUCCCUACAAGAAACUGCGUAGGAUAGACCUGAGCAACAACCAGAUCUCAGAGAUAGCUCCUGAUGCCUUCCAGGGCCUGCGCUCCCUCAACUCCCUCGUGCUGUAUGGAAAUAAGAUCACCGACCUGCCCAAGGGGGUGUUUGACGGCCUCUACGCCCUGCAACUGCUGUUGUUGAAUGCCAAUAAGAUUCACUGCGUUCGUGCCAACGCCUUCCAAGACUUGCAGAAUCUCUCGCUGCUGUCGCUCUACGACAACAAGAUCCAAACCGUUGCCAAGGGCACCUUCACUUCACUACGGGCUAUACAGACCCUUCACCUGGCCCAGAACCCAUUUAUUUGUGACUGUAAUCUGAAGUGGCUGGCAGACUACCUACGCUCCAACCCCAUCGAGACCAGUGGGGCCCGCUGCGCCAGCCCUCGCCGCCUUGCAAACAAACGCAUUGGACAGAUCAAGAGCAAGAAAUUCCGCUGCUCCGCCAAAGAGCAGUACUUCAUCCCAGGUACAGAGGACACCCGUCUGAAUAAUGCCUGUAACAGUGAUCCAGUGUGUCCUCCCAAGUGCCGCUGUGAGUCCAACGUAGUGGACUGCUCCAACCUGAAGCUCACCAAGGUCCCUGAGCACAUCCCUGCAUCCACCAGUGAACUUCGCCUUAACAACAAUGAGAUCACCACUCUGGAGGCAACUGGAGUUUUUAAGAGCCUUUCCCAGCUGAAGAAAAUUAACCUCAGCAACAACAAGAUCACAGAAAUCGAAGAUGGAGCAUUUGAAGGUGCAUCUUCCGUCAAUGAGCUUCAUCUCACAGCCAAUCAGAUCGACUCAGUCCGAAGCGGGAUGUUCCGUGGCCUUGAGGGACUGCGUAUGCUGAUGCUGAGGAACAACAAGAUUAGCUGUGUCCACAACGACAGUUUUACAGGGCUGCAUAACGUCCGUCUGCUGUCUCUGUACGACAACCAGCUGACCACAAUCACUCCUGGGGCCUUUGACACUCUGCAGACCCUCUCCACCCUUAACCUCUUGGCCAACUCCUUUAACUGUGACUGUCGGCUGGCCUGGCUCGGUGAUUGGCUGAGGAGUAGGAAGAUUGUGACUGGUAACCCUCGCUGCCAGCGUCCGGGCUUCCUGAAGGAGAUCCCUCUACAAGAUGUGGCUCUGCCUGACUUCCGCUGUGAGGAGGGCCAAGAGGAGUCAAGCUGUGUGCCCAGACCUCAGUGUCCCAGUGAAUGUACUUGCCUGGAGACUGUGGUGCGCUGCAGUAACAAGCACCUCCACUCACUGCCCAAAGGCAUUCCCAGGAACGUGACUGAACUGUAUCUCGAUGGAAACCAGUUCAGUAUUGUGCCAAAGGAAUUGUCAGCUUUCAAAUACCUACAACUGGUAGACCUGAGCAACAACAAGAUCAACUCUCUGACCAACUCGUCAUUCUCUAACAUGAGCCAACUCACCACUCUAAUCCUGAGCUACAACUCCCUGCGUUGUAUCCCCAAAAUGGCCUUCAGUGGACUCCAUUCUCUCCGACUGCUGUCUCUCCAUGGCAACGAAAUCUCAGAGCUUCCUGAUGGCAUCUUCAACGAUGUGGCCUCACUUUCCCACUUGGCAAUUGGUGCCAACCCAUUGUACUGUGACUGUCGCCUGCGCUGGCUAUCAGACUGGGUGAAGACCGGCUACAAAGAGCCUGGCAUCGCCCGCUGUGCUGGCCCACAGGGCAUGGAGGGCAAACUGCUGCUCACCACACCUGCAAAGAAGUUUGAAUGUACAGGAGAUGUGGACGCAGCAGUGCUGGCCAAGUGUAACCCCUGUCUGUCCAGUCCCUGUCUGAACCAAGGCAUCUGUCACAGCGACCUGAUGGAGAUCUACAGGUGCAGCUGUCCUCCAGGAUUCAAGGGCAAGAACUGUGAGACAGCUCUAAAUGCCUGCGUGAGUAACCCAUGUGCCAACGGAGGAACCUGCCAAGUGAAUGAGGAGGAUGGAGAAUACAGUUGCACAUGUCCACUGGGCUUUGAGGGCCCCACUUGCCAAACCAACAUUGAUGACUGUGAAGACAACGACUGUGAGAAUGGAGCAACCUGCAUUGAUGGAGUCAACAACUACACUUGUUUUUGUCCCCCCUACUACACAGGGGAGAUGUGCGAAGAAAUUGAAGAUGUGUGUGCCCCAGGACGGAGCCCCUGCCAACAUCAGUCUACCUGCCUCAUCACCUCCACUGGACCCAAGUGUGUGUGCUCUCCUGGUUAUAUUGGUGACGACUGCAGUUUAGACUACAAUGACUGUGAGGAGCAUCGCUGUCAGAAUGGAGCUCAGUGUAUGGAUGAGCUGAAUGGAUACUCCUGUGUCUGUCCUGAAGGAUACAGUGGUCAACUGUGUGAGGUUCCCCCAUCUCCACUCUCCCUGUGUGAGCUGGCAGACUGUCAGAACAACGCCCCAUGUGUGGAGCGAGGAGGACGUGCCCUCUGCCAGUGUCCUCCAGAGUUCGGGGGGCCACGCUGUGAGAAGCUGGUCAGCGUCAACUUUGUUGACAGAGAUUCCUACCUGCUGCUCUCUGACCUCAAGAAUUGGCCUCAAGCUAACAUCACCCUGCAGGUGUCAACAGCUGAGGAUAAUGGCAUCCUUUUGUACAAUGGAGACAAUGAUCAUAUCGCAGUGGAGCUCUACCAAGGUCAUGUCAAGGUCAGCUACGACCCCGGCAGCCAGCCAGGACACGCCAUCUACAGUACUGAGACUAUCAACGAUGGCCAGUUCCACACGGUGGAACUAGUGACCUUUGACCAGAUGGUGAACCUGUCCAUUGAUGGGGGUCUCCCUACCACAAUGGACAGCUUUGGGGCGGUGCGGCCCCUCAACGGGGAGGCUCCGCUAUACGUGGGGGGUAUGCCAGUGGAUGUACACUCAGGUGCUUUCCGUCUCUGGCAGAUCCAGAACGGCUCCAGUUUCCAUGGUUGUAUCCAGAACCUGUACAUCAACAACGAGCUCCAGGACUUCACCAAGACCCAGAUGAAGCCCGGUGUGGUACCGGGCUGCGAGCCCUGCAAGAAGAUCUACUGUGUACAUGGCAUCUGCCAGCCUGAUGGGGUCCAGGGACCAGUGUGCCAUUGCCAGCCAGGGUGGAGCGGGCCGCAUUGUGACCAGCCUGCUACCAGCCCCUGCCAGGGCAGCAAGUGCGUCCAUGGAAAGUGCAUCCCACUGGACAGUCAGUCCUACCGCUGCGAGUGUGUAGAGGGUUACCGAGGUGCCCUGUGUAACCAACAGGGAGAGCUAUUCAACCCGUGCCGUCGCCUGUCCUGCAAACACGGUCGCUGCCAGAUCUCAGACACAGGAGACGCCUACUGUCACUGUGAAAGUGGCUACACUGGGGAACUUUGUGAUGCAGAGUCUGAGUGUCGAGGGGAGCCUGUGCGAGACUUCUACCAGGUACAGCGAGGCUACGCCAUCUGCCAGACAACACGCAUGGUCUCUUGGGUGGAGUGCACUGGAGCUUGCGACACGGGGGCCUGCUGCGCCAGCCAGCGAAUGAAACGCCGGAAAUACACCUUUGAAUGCAGCGAUGGAACCUCCUUCAGCGAGGAAGUGGAAAAGACCAUCAAGUGCGGCUGUGUGGGCUGCAUGUAGCACCAUUCACUCACAUUUCCUGCUGCUGCCGCCAAGCAGAAGAUAGAAAGAAAGGAAGGAAAGAAGGAAGAGAGAGGACUGGAGGAAGGCGAGGGAGGGAAAGAAAGAAAGAAAGAGAGAGAGUAUAAAGAGUAUAUAUAAAACCUCUAUCUAUAUAUUAUGGACAACAAUGUUUGUAAAAUAGGACAUUUCUUGCCCUUCCAAGGGUGUGUGACCUACAGUAACACAGAGAAACCAACAUCAUGAGCAACAAUGUAGAAGUGACAACAACGGCAACAAAAACCAUUGUAUCUGCAACAUUGUUCCAAGGGGUCGAGAGAUUUCAAAGGUGUUGCAUUCAGAGUGAGGCAUCCCUCCAACCCAAAUUACCCAGUGUGAAUUCCCCAUCCAUCUGCGAGGCCUCUGACAGCCUAGCCACCAUCUACCAUCUUUACUUCGUGGAGGCAGUGAGGACAGUGGGGUCCAGCCUGGCUAAGAAUGGCAGAAGCGAGGCAGAGAAAGACAAAAAGAGAGAAACAGAGAGAUAAGAAGUGAGCUGGACCGUUUGACUUGGCAAAGCUAUCUUGAGUUGAGCUUGGCUGGGUUACCUGGACUGGGCUGGAUAUGGUUUGGGUUGAGUUAAUGUUGGUGUUGGUUUGGUGUAGCAAUUUCUCUGCCAGGAUACAGUCAUCCAUCCACACAUGCACAUGUAGAAGUGAACAAAGAAAAGGUAGGGUUAGAGUGGCACAUAAUCCAGUGCGGAUGUCGUGGCUUUGAGGCCAGGUGGUCUGAUGUCACAGUUGUUUGCUGUGAGGUACCGUAACAUAGAAACUUCAUAAAAAUAGAGACUGCACUGAUUAGCAGCACUGAAAAACGACAGUCAUACACCUCUCCGAAGUUCAUGAUCACACAUGCAUGACAUACAUACAUUUACACACAGUCUUGUGAGAGCUUGUGUGGUGAACUAACUAUUCUGUUCGUACAGCAAACCGAUCUGACACUGGCAGUGCCCAGUGGUUAUCAGUCCCCCAGCAUACAUUGCCUCAGGGUUAGGAUGAUUUGCAUAAUCCCACCCCCUUUGAGCAGGAGGCUGUUAAGCCCUGCUCCUCUUGAUGCCUGCAGUAUUAAACUUGUGCAAACUAUUGCAUGUGUGGAGAAGAGUUUGCCAACAAAUAUGUAGAGCUUCUUAAUAUCAUUAUAAAUGUUAUUACAAAACAAAAAGGUUGCAGAAUCAUCUUCUGAUUUUUGUUUUGUUCUGUCUAAUUUCUCAUAUUGUUUUUAUUUUUGUUAUAUUUUGUUAUAUUUUGUCUCAUGGUGUAACCUAACUCCUUUAGCCGCCCCCAACCCUCCCCUACAACCCUUUAUAUAGAAAUGCCUAACAGAUUCUAAUAUAUAUAUAUUUGUAUUUCAUUUUGGUAUAGUAUUUUUCUAUGUUAAAGAGUAAGUCUGUUUCUGGAAGCUUUGGGACUGGUGGAAAGGCAUUCAGUUGGUUCCCUAGGUGUUUUUAUUUGUUGAUCUCACUUGCACCAACAAGGUAAUUAAUUACGUUAAUUGGC